AUGGUCAACCUGCUUCCUGCGGUCGUCAUUGACAACGGCACAAGCUCUACCCGUGCUGGUUUUGCCCUGGAAGACUUGCCUUCGCUUGUUUUCAAUUCCGGCUACCUGGUCGACAAAAACAACAAGGUGCUUGUUGGAGACAACAUCAACUCGAGACCAGACCUCGAGGUGAUGACUCUUGUUGACAAUGGUAUCGUGUACAACUACGACCAUAUUGUUAGCAAUUGGGAAUAUGCUUACGAGAACUUGGACAGUGGUAAUGGCGUGGAUGCCAAGGACCACCCAUUGAUGAUGACUGAACAGACGUGGAACACGCCCAAGAAUAAGGCUGCUGCUGCUCAGAUCGCGUUUGAAAGCUUGCAAGUGCCGCUUUUCUCGCUUUUGAAGAACCCCUUGGCUCAGUUGUACCAUACUGGCCGUUCUAGUGGUUUGGUUAUUGACGUGGGUGCUGGUGUUGCUAGUGUAACACCUAUCUUGGACGGUGUGAUUCAACAAAAGCUGUGUUUCCAUUCCAAAUACGCUGGUGACUUUGCAUCCUUGCACGCUUUGCGUAGCAUAGAAGCCAAGUUGGGCUACCAGCCUAACCAGCUUGAUUACACUCGCUUGUUACCUGCGAAGUACAGACUGGAAAACGUGUCCCAGUCCUUCAGACUGUACCAUGCCACCCACAAUCUUUUACAGAACUUCAAGGAAACCAUGCUUUCCGUGAGUGAACCUCCUCCAGGCGUCACUCCUCCAAAUGCUUACUACGCUCAGCAACACCAGCUGCCUAGCUUCUUCCAAUUGCCUGACCGUACACAGAUCAACUAUUCAGACAGGGAAACUUCGACGCUCUUAGAGGCUCUUUUCGUUCCACACGUAUACAAAUUACCUGAUGUGCCUAUUCCAGAUCCAGCUUUCGACAAGGCCAACACUCAUGGUAUUUCCAACUUGGUCUUGUUCGCCUUGAAGAACUUGGAAUCCACCAUGGUACCUUCUGGCGGUGACCCACAAUCCUCCAACAGCAAUGCCCGUUUUAACGAGGUCUUAAGACAACUCUUCACAAACACUUUGAUUACCGGUGGUUGCGCUUUGCUUCCUGGCUUUUCUGAUAGAAUCUGUGGUGACAUCAGUCGUACGGCGCCAAGCGUCAUGCCAAACUACAUGAUCACCUCAUCAUACAAGAUCUACAUUUCUCCAUUGAGGAACCAUCCUCUGGGCGACAUCCACGACCUCUACGAUAAGAAGUUUGGCUCGUGGUUGGGAGCAGCCAACUUGGCUAACAUGCUUAAUGACGCUGUGGAGGACGAGAAUGGCAGUGCCAACAUUGCCUUGGAUAACUGGUUUAUCUCCAAAGCCGACUACGAAGAACUCGGCGAGGACUUGAUUGUUGAAAAGUUCAAGUAA